AUGAAUACCAGCAACUUCAAGGAAUGCUCGUUUAUCCAUGUUGAUACUAUAAUAAAAUCUCUUCAGCAAGCAAUCUACAUACCCACCUUUGCUCUUGGUUUGAUUCUCAAUUUGCUAGCCCUCCUGGUGUUCUGCUGCUUUCAGAAGAAAUGGAUCGAAUCAUCAAUCUACAUGAUAAAUCUUGUUCUUGCAGAUCUUCUACUUCUUUUUUCCCUUCCUUUCAAGAUGUCUGAUGUCAAACAAGGGCCACAGGGUCUCUUGUGCCAUUUUUUGGAAUCCCUCUACUUUGUUAACAUGUAUGGAAGUAUCUUCAUCGCUGCUUGCAUUAGUUUUGACAGAUAUUUUGCUAUAAGGCACCCAUUCAAAGCCAGAGUUUUCCGAUCCCCCAGGAUGGCAGGCAUUGCAUGCUUCUGUGUUUGGGUUCUAGUUUGGCUUGGUAGCAUUCCCAUCUAUAAGUCCAAUCACAGUGGCAAAUUCAGAUGCUUCCACAACAUGUCAGAUAACACUUGGCAAACAUCAGUCAUCGUUUCUGUUGAAAUCUUUGGAUUUCUUAUCCCCUUGACUGUGAUGGUUUACUGUUCGAUUCAGAUCAUCCAGACUCUCCUGAGGCAUAAAACUGAAGGAAAAGAGUGGACUGAACAGUUUGCCUGUAUACGGACCAUUGCAGCCAACCUCAUUGUGUUUGUGGUCUGCUUUACACCAUUCCACCUGGGGAUUUUUCUACAGUUCUUAGUACGGAAACAUGUCAUCAUGGACUGCAAUACGAAACAACACAUUAGCCUCUUCAUUCAGGUGGCAAUGUGUAUAGCCAAUAUCAACUGUUGCUUGGAUGCUAUUUGUUACUACUUUGCUGCAAAAGAAUUUCGCAAGAAAGGUGACUUCAGGUUGUUAAUUAAAUCAUUUACUUUCUCUCAAGGUUGUCCCGAAUGACCUUAUUUACUGUAUCAUAAUGUCAUUUACUCAGCAAAAGCUUGGUAAAUAGAUUCAUUUUAACUGUUUUUUUAAAGAAAUGAUAAAAAGGCAUUAAUUUUGUGUGUGCUGUAUGUAUAUGCAAACUGAAAAAAUUAAGUCUUGUAAAACUCUUUGUUUUCAUACAAACUAAAGUGAUAACGUAAAGAUAAAGAGGAAAAAUAAGAUGGCUCAAAGACAUAUUGGGAAAGACUUUAUCUUAAGCUACAGGCUGCCUGGUAAACAUCUGAAAUACAUUUGUCAAAGUAGAACCUAUGUUGUCUAACUCACCAUUUAAAUCAUCCAUGCAUCCCAAAUCCCCGCUUGCCAGCACAAUCAAAAUUAUUGAGAGAGAAACCAAAAGCAUCACUAUGUAUUUGAAACAGUUGUACACCACUUUUGUAGGGAUGUGUAAAUACACAUUAGGUAUACAUUUUGAUGCGUUGCUGUGCACUUGACAUUCUUUUAACCUUUUCAUCCAGGCAAAACUUGAUCAAAUUUAUGACACCACAUCUCUCACCCCUGCUUUAUGCAGUAACAGUUAUCAGAAUACCCAUCAGAACCUACUGUAGUUUGAGAUUUGUGAUUUUCUCAUCAGAAUUUCUUAAAUCAGCAGGGGAUGUUUCUCAAUUAUGAAUUAAUGAUUCACGUGCAAAAAAAAGAAUAGUGCUUUUCCUGAGAUACCAUAUAAUAUUAUUUCUACAACAAUAAUAAUAUUUACACUUGAAAUUGAAUACUACAAUAUGCCCAUGAAAUUUGCUGUCUACCUUUCGUGUUUCAUGUUGCAGCAGCAUACUUCAUAUGAGAUUAGCCAGAUUUCAGGUAUGAAAUCUAUUAUGCAUGGCCUUUUAAUUUCAUCAUAACAAAUGUACCCUUCCUGACUCUUCACAAUACAAGGUCAGAGUACCUGAAUAAUCCAAUUUGUAUAAAAUUUAAAAAGAAACUGAUUUUGCUAAAAAGACAAAGAAUGCUGUUUCCUAAAUACAAUUUUGUAGGCAGUUGCUACAUGCUAAUGGCUAAUUGUUUAUGUACUAUUGUGGUGAGCAUGUUUGUUAUUACCUUGAAAUAGAAUAGUUUUCUGAUAGCAUACUGUUAGGUUAACAAUAAUUUGGAUUAUUAAGAAGUAUUAGCUUUACAGCUCAAUACAAGGCAUAACCUGUGGCCUAGCAAUACAGCUGACCACAAGGCAGAAUGAUAGCUAAGCCUUUGCUUGUGUCAAGUAAUCAUUUUAACUGUAUUAAGCAUUUUCUGAGUUAAAAAGUGGAUCUGUGUCUGUGUGCUGAAAAAUCAGCUACAGCAAGAGGUAAGAUAAGACAGGGAAGCCAUUGUUCUGGGUGCAGUGGUUGUGUCCUUGAGAAGUAUCUACUACUGUGUAAGGUUUUGCUAACAUAUUAUAAUGUUACUGUUACUUAACUUUUAGCUUUUAAAAAAGUGCUAGUUCAGCUUAAUAGAAAUAUGCUGUUACAAAGAUUUGUAAAGCACCGCCCAAAUAUUGCUUUUUUGUUAACCCUAUAAGUCUUGCCUUAUUGUAAUAAGUAUAAAAGAUCGCCUCACCCUUUAGGGGGGGCCAUUUUGCCUUUUGCUUGCAUUAUGGUCUUUGCUCGAGCAAAUA